GCGUUGGCUUUACAAAGAUCAACUCUUCAUGGAUGCUAAAACAAUUCGUCUCUAUUUUGCUUUACUUGUCCUCCACAGAUUAACACUUUGUACUUCUACAGACACCAUCACCAUUAACCAAACCUUAAGAGAAGGAGACCUUCUGGUUUCCAAACAAAACAAGUUUGCACUGGGAUUUUUUAGCCCUGGCAAUUCCAGCUAUAGAUAUCUUGGAAUUUGGUUUUAUAAGAUAUCAUUACAAACUCAUACUGUUGUGUGGGUGGCCAACAGGGACAAUCCAAUCAAUGGUUCUGCAGGUUUUCUCUCCAUCAACCAAUAUGGCAACCUUGUUCUCUAUGGUAAUAGAGAUGAAAAGUUUCCGAUAUGGUCUGCAAAUGUUUCAGUGGAUUUAGCAAAUACUUGUGUAGCUCAGCUCUUUGAUUCAGGAAACUUCGUUCUCUUCCAAGGUUCAAGAAGAAUAUUUGUAUGGCAGAGCUUUGAUCAUCCUACUAAUACCAUGCUACCAGGAAUGCGGCUUGGGCUCGACAAGAGAACAGGUCUCAACCGGUUCCUGACUUCCUGGAAAUCAACAGAUGAUCCUGGAAUCGGUGACUACUCUCUGAAGCUCAACCUAGUUGGCUCACCACAAUUUUUUCUUUAUGAUGGUUCCAAACCUUUCUGGAGAGGCACGCCAUGGCCGUGGAGGACACCAGAUAUAUACAACUACAGCUACGUUAAUAGUGAAGAAGAAAUAACCUUUUCCUACUCUCAUGACGACAGCUCUGUUCUCUUCCAAUUGAUGGUGCAUGAAUCAGGAAUGCUUAUGUGGGUUUCAAGGCGUGAAAGUGAUGCUAAUUGGAAGGAGUUCUGGUCAGGAUCCAAGUAUCGUUGUGACUCUUAUGGACGCUGCGGUGCUAACAGUAUAUGCGAUCCUAGACAUCUCAAUGAAUUUGAAUGUUCUUGUUUACCUGGAUAUGAACCCAAGUUCCCAAGAAACUGGUUUAGGAUGAGAGAUGGAUCGGGUGGCUGUGUUAGAAAGCGAUUGAAAUCUUCAUCAGUGUGUGGGCAAGGGGAAGGGUUUGUGAAAGUGCCUCAAGUUAAGGUUCCUGAUACUUCAACAGCAGUUUGGGUGAAUAUGAGUAUGUCCCGUGUGGACUGUGAACAAGAAUGCUACAAAGAUUGUUCAUGUUCUGCAUAUGCCAGCAUAAAAAUUCCAGGGAAAGAUGUUGCCUGCUUGGCUUGGUAUGGGGAUUUGAUGGACAUAGUGGAUCUUAUGGAUCAUAGCGGCUACGAUGUUUAUGUCCGAGUCGACGCAAUUGAAUUAGCUGAGAUUGAGAGAUCAAAUGGUUUUCUUGAAAUGAAGGGGAUGCUGGCCUUUCUGAUAGUUUCAGUUUCAUCAGCCUGGUUUGUCAUCAUCAUAUUUGCCUAUUUGUGGCUGAGGAAGAGAAAGAAAAGAGUAAAGAACAAAUCCAACAGGAGAUUGUUUGAUUCUAUAAAUGGUCCACACUACCACAAAGAUAAUUUUGAAGCGGAUGACAUCCAGACAAGCAGGAGUCAUACAGACUUGGCAUUUUUCAACCUUAGCACCAUAUCUGCUGCCACUGAUAAUUUUUCUCAAGCUAACAAGAUUGGACAAGGUGGCUUUGGUUCUGUUUAUAAGGGUCAGCUAACUAAUGGAAAGGAGGUUGCUGUAAAAAGGCUAUCAAAAAAUUCGGGGCAAGGAGCAGAAGAAUUUAAAAAUGAAGCUAUGUUGAUGGCCAAGCUUCAACAUAGGAAUCUUGUGAAACUUUUAGGAUGUUGCGUUCAGGAAGAAGAGCGAAUUUUGAUUUAUGAAUACUUGUCAAAUGGAAGUUUGGACUUGUUUCUCUUUGAUACAACAAGAAGUUCAUUCCUGAAUUGGAGUAAACGUUAAAUCAUAGUUGGAAUUGCACGUGGAAUUUUAUAUCUUCACCAGGACUCAAGGUGGCGAAUCAUCCACAGAGACUUAAAAAGUAGCAACAUCCUCUUAGAUGCAGAGCUGAAUCCAAAAAUUUCAGAUUUUUGAAUGGCUAGAAUACUCGAAGAUGACCAGAUACAACACAAGACACAUAGAGUUGUAGGGACAUAUGGCUACAUGUCGCCAGAGUAUGCCGUGUUAGGAAAAUUUUCAGUAAAGUCCGAUGUAUUCAGCUUUGGUGUAAUAUUGUUGGAGAUUAUAAGUGGGAAGAAAAGCAAUGGCUUCCAUCAAGAGGAUCCUUCCCUAACCUUGAUAGGACAUGUGUGGGAGCUAUGGCAAGAAGACAAAGCAAUGGAGAUAGUUGACUCAACAUUAAAGGAAUCAUACAAUUCCCAUGAAGUGUUGAAAUGUAUUCACAUUGCACUCUUGUGUGUGCAAGAAGAUGCAGUGGACAGACCAACUAUAUCAGCAAUCAUUGUCAUGUUAGAUAGUGAAAUCUCUCUUCCUUGUCCAAAACAACCAGCUUUCAUUUUCAGAACUUCUUGCAACAGUUCACCAAUAUGGGAAGGACCAAGUUCUGUGAAUGAAAUGUCAAUCACUGAAACUGUAGCUCGCUAUCUCCCUUCUGAUUAUUAUAACAAGACAUUGGCUAAAUUGGUCGGGACUUUUGUUAGCCACUAUAAAGAGUAUGAUAUGAAGAAUGGUUCAGCUAUGUUGCCGGACCCUAUGAGAGUUAAAGUUUAUUUGGACAUUCAGCAGCUUUUGAAACGGCGGAAGAAGUUUAUUGGAGAUGAUGGUACUGUGUUUACUGCUUUCUGUGACUUGCGCCUGAGGUUGAAGAAAGAAGAUAUCAAGUUUAGUUGGGAGUAUGCCUUGUUAGGAAAAUUUUCAGUAAAGUCCGAUGUAUUCAGCUUUGGUGUAAUAUUGUUGGAGAUUAUAAGUGGGAAGAAAAGCAAUGGCUUCCAUCAAGAGGAUCCUUCCCUAACCUUGAUAGGACAUGUGUGGGAGCUAUGGCAAGAAGACAGAGCAAUGGAGAUAGUUGACUCAACAUUAAAGGAAUCAUACAAUUCCCAUGAAGUGUUGAAAUGUAUUCACAUUGCACUCUUGUGUGUGCAAGAAGAUGCUGUGGACAGACGAACUAUAUCAGCAAUCAUUGUCAUGUUAGAUAGUGAAAUCUCUCUUCCUUGUCCAAAACAACCAGCUUUCAUUUUCAGAACUUCUUGCAACAGUUCACCAAUAUGGGAAGGACCAAGUUCUGUCAAUGAAAUGUCGAUCACUGAAACUCGUUGGCUUUACAAAGAUCAACUCUUCAUGGAUGCUAAAACAAUUCGUCUCUAUUUUGCUUUACUUGUACUCCACAGAUUAACACUUUCUACUUCCACAGACACCAUCAGCAUUAGCCAAACCUUCAGAGAAGGAGACCUUCUGGUUUCCAAACAAAACAAGUUUGCACUGGGAUUUUUUAGCCCUGGCAAUUCCAGCUAUAGAUAUCUUGGAAUUUGGUUUUAUAAGAUAUCAUUUCAAACUGAUACUGUUGUGUGGGUGGCCAACAGGGACAAUCCAAUCACUGGUUCUGCAGGUUUUCUCUCCAUCAACAAAUAUGGCAACCUUGUUCUCUAUGGUAAUAAAGAAGAAAAGUUUCCAAUAUGGUCUGCAAAUGUUUCAGUGGAUUUAGCAAAUACUUGUGUAGCUCAGCUCUUUGAUUCAGGAAACUUUGCUCUCUUCCAAGGUUCAAGAAGAGUAAUUGUAUGGCAGAGCUUUGAUCAUCCUACUAAUACCUUGCUACCAGGAAUGCGGCUUGGGCUCGACAAGAGAACAGGUCUCAACCGGUUCCUGAAUUCCUGGAAAUCAACAGAUGAUCCUGGAAUCGGUGACUACUCUCUGAAGCUCAACCCAGUUGGCUCACCAGCAUUUUUUCUGUACGAUGGUUCCAAACCUUACUGGAGAGGCACGCCAUGGCCGUGCGGAAGACCAGAUAUAUUCAACUACAGCUACGUUAAUAGUGAAGAGGAAAUAUUCUUUUCCUACUCUCAUGACGACAGCUCUGUUCUCUUCCAAUUGAUGGUCCAUGAAUCAGGAACGCUUCUGUGGGUUUCAAGGCGUGAAAGUGAUGCUAAUUGGAAGGAGUUCUGGUCAGCCUCCAAGUAUCGUUGUGACUCUUAUGGACGCUGCGGUGCUAACAGUGUAUGCGAUCCUAAAAAUGUCAAUAUAUAUGAAUGUUCUUGUUUACCUGGUUACGAACCCAAGUUCCCAAGAAACUGGUUUCCGAUGAGAGAUGGAUCGGGUGGCUGUGUUAGAAAGCGAUUGAAAUCUUCAUCAGUGUGUGGGCAAGGGGAAGGGUUUGUGAAAGUGCCUCAAGUUAAGAUUCCUGAUACUUCAACAGCAGUUUGGGUGAAUAUGAGUAUGUCCCGUGUGGACUGUGAACAAGAAUGCUACAAAGAUUGUUCAUGCUCUGCCUAUGCCAGCAUAAAAAUUCCAGGGGAAGCUGUUGCCUGCUUGGCUUGGUAUGGGGAUUUGAUGGACAUAGUGGAUCUUAUGGAUCAUAGCGGCUACGAUAUUUAUGUUCGAGUUGAUGCAAUUGAAUUAGCUGAGAUUGAGAGAUCAAAUGGUUUUCUUGAAAUGAAGGGGAUGCUGGCUUUUCUGGUAGUUUCAGUUUCGUCAGCAUGGUUUGUCAUCAUCUUAUUUGUCUACUUGUGGCUGAGGAAGAGAAAGAAAAGAGUAAAGAACAAAUCCAACAGGAGAUUGUUUGAUUCUAUAAAUGGUCCACACUAUCACAAAGAUAAUUUUGAAGCGGAUGACAUCCAGACAAGCAGGAGUCAUACAGACUUAGCAUUUUUCAACCUUAGCACCAUAUCUGCUGCCACUGAUAAUUUUUCUCAAGCUAACAAGAUUGGACAAGGUGGCUUUGGUUCUGUUUAUAAGGGUCAGCUAACUAAUGGAAAGGAGGUUGCUGUAAAAAGGCUAUCAAAAAAUUCGGGGCAAGGAGCAGAAGAAUUUAAAAAUGAAGCUAUGUUGAUAGCCAAGCUUCAACAUAGGAAUCUUGUGAAACUUUUAGGAUGUUGCAUUCAGGAAGAAGAGCGAAUUUUGAUUUAUGAAUACUUGUCAAAUGGAAGUUUGGACUUGUUUCUCUUUGAUACAACAAGAAGUUCAUUCUUGAAUUGGAGUAAACGUUACAAAAUUAUAGUUGGAAUCGCACGUGGAAUCUUAUAUCUUCACCAAGACUCAAGGUGGCGAAUCAUCCAUAGAGACUUAAAAAGCAGCAACAUCCUCUUAGAUGCAGAGAUGAAACCAAAAAUAUCAGAUUUUGGAACCGCUAGAAUACUUGAAGAUGACCAGAUACAACACAAGACACAUAGAGUUGUUGGGACAUAUGGCUACAUGUCGCCAGAGUAUGCCGUGUUAGGAAAAUUUUCAGUAAAGUCUGAUGUAUUCAGCUUUGGUGUAAUAUUGUUGGAGAUUAUAAGUGGGAAGAAAAGCAAUGGCUUCCAUCAAGAGGAUCCUUCCCUAACCUUGAUAGGACAUGUGUGGGAGCUAUGGCAAGAAGACAGAGCACUGGACAUAGUUGAUUCAACAUUAAAGGAAUCAUACAAUUCCCAUGAAGUAUUGAAAUGUAUUCACAUUGCACUGUUAUGUGUGCAAGAAGAUGCAAUGGACAGGCCAACAACAUCAGCAAUCAUUGUCAUGUUGGAUAGUGAAAUCACUCUUCCUUGUCCAAAACAACCUGCUUUCAUUUUCAGAAAUUCUCGCAACAGUUCACCAAUAUGGGAAGGACCAAGUUCUGUCAAUGAAGUGUCGAUCACUGAAACUGUAGCUCGCUAAUUGAAGCGAACUUGCUCUCAUAGACUUAGCUAAUUUUACUUGUAAAUGAAUUGAAGCAAACUGCCGUCAAAUUGGCGGGGACUCAUAUUUCUUUGAAGACUCAGAAAACA